AGUGAGCGCCCGCGCUCCGACGCCCCCAGGCGGCGGGGCUGAGAGAGCACAAGGAUGGAUCCCAGCGCUGACCCGGGCAUGUUCAGGAUGUUACUGUUUCUGCUGCUUCUAUGGUUUCUGCCUCCCACUGAGGAGUCUCAGCAGGCUGAACCUAUGUUCAUUGCAGUCACCAACUCAGUUCUGCCCCCCGACUAUGACAGCAACCCGACUCAGCUCAACUAUGGUGUGGCAGUUACUGAUGUAGACCACGAUGGGGACUUCGAGAUCGUGGUAGCAGGGUACAAUGGCCCCAACUUGGUUCUGAAGUACAACAGGGCCCAGAAGAGGCUGGUGAACAUCGCUGAGGAUGAGCGCAGCUCACCCUACUAUGCCCUACGGGACCGGCAGGGCAACGCCAUCGGGGUCACAGCCUGCGACAUUGACGGGGAUGGCCGUGAGGAGAUCUACUUCCUCAACACCAACAAUGCCUUCUCAGGGGUGGCCACGUACACAGACAAGUUGUUCAAGUUCCGCAAUAACCGAUGGGAAGACAUCCUGAGUGACGAGGUCAACAUGGCCCGUGGUGUAGCCAGCCUCUUUGCUGGACGCUCUGUGGCUUGUGUGGACAGAACGGGCUCUGGACGCUACUCGAUCUACAUUGCCAAUUAUGCCUACGGUAAUGUGGGGCCUGAUGCCCUCAUUGAGAUGGACCCUGGGGCCAGUGACCUCUCUCGGGGCAUCCUGGCACUCAGAGAUGUGGCUGCUGAGGCUGGGGUCAGCAAAUACACAGGGGGCCGAGGUGUCAGCGUGGGCCCUAUCCUCAGCAGUAGUGCCUCAGACAUCUUCUGUGACAACGAGAAUGGGCCCAACUUCCUCUUCCACAACCAGGGCAACGGCACCUUUGUAGAUGCUGCAGCCAGUGCCGGUGUGGAUGACCCCCACCAGCAUGGGCGAGGUGUUGCUCUGGCUGACUUCAACCGUGAUGGCAAAGUGGACAUCGUCUAUGGCAACUGGAACGGCCCCCACCGCCUCUACCUGCAGAUGAGCGCCCAUGGGAAGGUCCGCUUCCGGGACAUUGCCUCACCCAAGUUCGCCACGCCCUCCCCUGUUCGCACUGUCAUUGCUGCUGACUUUGACAAUGACCAGGAGCUGGAGAUCUUCUUCAACAACAUCGCCUAUCGCAGUUCCUCAGCCAACCGCCUUUUCCGUGUCAUCCGCAGGGAGCACGGAGACCCCCUCAUCGAGGAGCUCAAUCCCGGUGAUGCCCUGGAGCCUGAGGGCCGGGGCACAGGGGGAGUGGUGACCGACUUCGAUGGAGAUGGGAUGCUGGACCUCAUCUUGUCUCAUGGGGAGUCCAUGGCCCAGCCGCUGUCUGUCUUCCGGGGGAACCAGGGCUUCAGCAACAACUGGCUGAGAGUGGUACCUCGCACCCGGUUUGGAGCCUUUGCCAGGGGCGCCAAGGUCGUGCUGUACACGAAGAAGAGCGGGGCCCACCUGAGAAUCAUUGACGGGGGCUCGGGCUACCUUUGUGAGAUGGAGCCCGUGGCACACUUUGGCCUGGGAAGAGACGAAGCCUGCAGUGUGGAGGUGACGUGGCCGGAUGGCAAGAUGGUGAGCCGGAGCGUGGCCAGUGGGGAGAUGAACUCAGUGCUGGAGAUCUCCUACCCCCGGGAGGAGGACAGACCUCAGAACCCAGCCCCAUUGGAGUGCGGCCAAGGAUUCUCCCAGCAAGAAAAUGGCCACUGUGUAGACACCAAUGAGUGCAUCCAGUUCCCAUUCGUGUGUCCUCGAGAUAAGCCCGUGUGUGUCAACACCUAUGGAAGCUACAGGUGCAGGACCAACAAGAGGUGCAGUCGGGGCUACGAGCCCAAUGAGGAUGGCACAGCCUGUGUGGCUCAAGUGGCCUUUUUAGGUGGGUAUUCUUCGACUGCCUUUAGAAUCUCUGAGCCUCUCUCUUGGGCCUCGUAUCUUUCUGUAGGACUUGGACUUUGCCUUCAGUUAUAUGCACUUUAAAUCCCAUCAAUAAAGGAAAAAAACAAAACAAACUAAUAACCUUUGUGAAAAACUAAAUCUCUCUCCUGCUGCCUGUCUUUCUCUGCACCCAGUAGACUCUGCCUCAUGCUCCCUCUGAAUGGACAGCAGAGGUGGCCAUCUCUGAAAAGGGAAGUUUGGGAGAUACUCCUACAGCCAUAGUUGUUUGUGAAGCCUUUCUUUGCACGUUUUCUGAGAAAACAAAAAAGGAAAGUCUCCCAUGUUCCCCAUCCAACCUCCCCCAUCCCUUCAAAAGAAUCAAGACAGUCCUGUCUCUUCUGUUUCUUCUAGUACCUUGGGAGUUUAUUUUGCCCUUAACAAACAUGGCUCUCAGGUGGUCGCUUGCUCGGUUGAUUGGAUAAUGCAUCGUGUGCCCGCUGCUUUGGCCUGUGCUGUUGCUGCUUUGUGUGCCCUGAAUUCCUGUGGUAGCAAAAGCCUUAUUGGGGUUGAUGGUGAUGAUGGGAGGGCAAAGGGUGGCCCUUUGGGACUCUUGAUAAAAAUGUUAAAGUUUGAACUUGCUAAGUCUUCUAGUCUCUUUUCUGGAGAAAUAUGCCAAUAAAUUAUCUACUAGAUAUUAGCACCUAGCUGGUAGGGGGAAAAUGUGAGAAAGUAGAUGCUAGUUGGAAUGCUGAAUUAGCAGCAGGCCUCCCCACCAGGAGGUGAUUGGAAGACAAGUCUUGAUAUAAGGAAAGCACAACUCCCAGGCAAGAACAGUGAUUUGGGUGUAUGCAACAAUCUUCACAUUUGGGGAACCAGGGUUUGGACCAGAAAUGUGUGUGGAAUGAGCAAGGACAGACAUAGGAG